AUGUUACUUUGUUACUUUAAUGGAAGAAACGGUCGUCGUACUGCCGGUGGUGCUGGAAAACAUGGACAUAAUAGAAUUGUUGGACAUACCGCCCAUAUUGGAUUUAUGGAACACACCACAAUAGACAUUGACAUAGGCGCUGGUGGUGGCGAUGGAACUGGUUUUGGCAGUGGCAGAGGUGGAUGCAGCGCUGGUGGUGGUGGUGGUGGACCUGGUUUUAUUGGUGGCGGAGGCGACAGUGGAUGCAGUGCUGAUGGUGGAACUGGUUUCAGUGGUGGCGGAGGUGAUAGUGGAUGCAGUGCUGGUGGUUGUGGUGGAACUGGUUUUAGUGGUGGCGGAGGCGACAGCGGAUGCAGUGCUGGUGGUGGAGGUGGAGGUGGUUGUUAA